UCGCGAAAAAUAAAACCAAAACAAAAAAAUUGUGCCGUUUUGAAUAUGGAUUGUGAAGCUGCUGCUGAAAGGUACCGGGAAAAAAUCGGUAUGUGUUACGGUGUAAACCCGGCAACCGUUAAAACAACGCCGCAGGAAGUGCCUUUGACGAUCACAUUUGCCAACAUCUACCAGUUUCUGGUAGUCGACCCCAAUCCGUUCACUGGAGAACCCAAGAAUUGUGCUAAAGGAAUGGACGCGAUCUUAUAUUACAAGAACGGUUGGGUGAAAAGUGUUUCGGGGAAAAAGGUGCACGAUAUUUUCGUAGUGCACGGAGUGGUUCGGCAUUCAUUUGCACUCAACGAAAAGCCACUUACCCCGUGGAUUUUAAUCAAUGAGCCAGGAACAAUACUCGCAGCCCAUUGCAAUUGCACCAUCGGAAUAUUGGAAGCUUGCAGUCACAUCGGGGCAACGCUUUUUGCGCUGGAAGGAAUUCGAACCUCAAUAAUCGAGAAGAAAAUGUCUGUGACAGACUUACCAGCCUAUUGGAAAAAACCACCGGCCAGUAUCAGCGAUAAUCUCUACAAAAAAGUGCGAGACAUCGAUUUUGGUAGGCAAAUCCACUGGAAAUUCUUCACGAACAAUUCCUCAACAUCCUCAAGCAACACUUCCCGAUGUCGUGAUCUUUUAAACACUUUGCAAACCGAUGAACUGAAUGUUGCAGCUGCUAGCCUAUUUUGCGGAGAGGAGAAUAUGGACUUUAGCUGUACUGACUGUGCGCACGAAACCGAAAUGGAAGCUGAUUUAAAGGACUACAAUCUUCAACUUCUGUAUGACCCAUUAAAUACAGAUACGGAGGCUGAAUUGAAGGAACGUGCUUCUGCUUUCAUCCGAAAUCUUCCGAAGGACCCGGCUAUGUUGAAACGGAUUGACACCCUGACAAUUAGUCAAUCUGAUUCGAAGUGGUGGAAUAUGUUUAGGAGUGGGCGUAUCACAGCUUCGAAUUUAAAAGACGUUUGUAACACACGAUUAGAGAGACCUUCGGUGUCUUUGAUCAAGAAAAUUUGUUAUCCUAGUGAAAUAUCAUUUUCAACAGCCGCUACCAGAUAUGGUAAAAAGAACGAGGACAAAGCAGUUGAUCAAUUGUAUCACUCAGUGAAGCAUUUGCAUAUUAAUCUUCAGAAGAAAAAAUCAGGGUUGGUGAUUGAUAGCGAACUUCCGUUCUUGGGAGCAUCGCCGGACGCGAUUUUUCUCUGUGAUUGUCAUGGUAUCAUAACGGUUGAAGUGAAAUGUCCCUUUUCAGCUAGAAAUCGCGAAGACAUGACUGACACAUUAUUGCAGUUAACAGACUCUUUUAUCGCACGAAACGAGGAUGGACAAAUCAUACUGAAAAUGAAGCACAAAUAUUACUUUCAAGCUUUAAUGCAGGUUCACGUUUGUAAGGCAAGAUUCGGAUAUUUCUAUGUGUGGUCACCCAAACAAGUUUUGGUUUUUGAGAUCAAACGUCGUGACGAAUUUUGGCAACAUUGCAAAGACAAGGCUGUAUGCUUUUUUGAAACCGUUCUAUUUCCAGAAUUAAUUAACAAGUCAUUUACAAAUAAGUAAAAUUAGCUCGAUA